UGCUCGCACGCAACAAUGAAUCGCUUCUCGAUCAUCGUUCUUUUGUGCCUUUACACUUCUUUCAAAAUCGCUGAAAGUCAAACCACACCUACUUGCACGGAGAUAGGUUCUUUCGAGAUCUUCGAUGGAACUUGCAGAAAUUACUAUAUAUGCGUGGAUGAUGGCGCGAAUCUCAAUCCAGUGAUAUUGUCGUGCGCCAAUUCUUUCAUAUUCGUUGCUGAUCAAGGUAGAUGCGUGUCUGAAAGCACAGCUACGUGCCAACAAACGACAACAGCAGCACCAUUGACCACAACCACCUCAGCACCACUCUGUAGUAGAUACGGCAGAUUCCCGAUACAGGAUGUGAAUUGUAAGAGUUAUUACUUAUGCUACUGGAACGGCACCAAUUACACUAUAAUGGAUAAUCUCUCGUGCCCGAAUACGCUGGUAUUCAAUCCAACAUCAGAAAAAUGUGUAUCGCCACAGACGUUCACAUGUCAGGGAUAACCACACAUAAGGAUAAUAGAAUAUUACAAUUAUACUGCAUACGUUUGUAGUCUAUAAGAUGCUAAUGUACUUCUACAAAAUCAUCGUGUAUCUUAAUGUAAAAAUAUUAUUAAUUAUUAAAUUGUUUAUCAA